CCGCUGUGCCCGGGCCUGAGGGGCUCUCGGCGAGUCCCGCUCCCCGGUGUCACUUGUGCCUGGGGCCAUCGGGCUGCGUGUGCCGAGGGGAGCUGUGCCCGGCAGGGUGGGCAGCUGUGCGGGGUGUCCACAGAUAUUGUCAACGCUGACAAGAUGUCAGGGAGGAGCAGGAAGUACAAAAUCAUCUUCAGCCCCCAGAAGUUCUAUGCUUGCGAGAUGGUGCUGGAGGAAGAGGGGGUCUUUGGUGAUGUCACCUGCGAUGAAUGGUCCUUCUACCUGCUGCCCCUGGAUGAAGACAUCAUUAGCAUGGAGCUGCCUGAGUUCUUCCGUGACUACUUUCUGGAGGGAGAUCAUCGCUGGAUCAACCCUGUUGCCAGAGCCCUGCAGCUGCUGAACUCCCUUUAUGGCCCCUUUGGGAAGACUUAUGGCAUCGGCCGCUGUGCUAAGAUGAGCUACGAGCUGUGGCGGGACUUGGAGGAGGAAAGUGAGAGUGAAGGCCAGGGCAGGAAGCCUGAGAUUGGACACGUCUUCCUCAUGGACAGAGACACCGACUACGUGACAGCACUCUGCUCCCAAGUGGUCUACGAGGGGCUCGUGGACGACACCUUCCGCAUCAAGUGUGGUAGUGUGGAUUUUGGGCCAGAUGUCACCUCUUCUGACAAGAGCAUUAAGGUGCUGCUCAAUUCCCAGGACAAAGUGUUCAGCCAGAUUCGGAAUGAGCACUUCUCCAGCGUGUUUGGCUUCCUGAGCCAGAAGUCACGGAACCUGCAGGCACAGUACGACCGGCGCCGGGGCAUGGACAUCAAGCAGAUGAAGGACUUUGUGUCCCAGGAGCUGAAGGGACUGAAGCAGGAGCAUCGCCUGCUGAGCCUGCAUAUUGGUGCCUGUGAGUCUAUCAUGAAAAAGAAAACCAAGCAGGACUUCCAGGAGACCAUCAAGGCUGAACACGCACUGCUGGAGGGCUUUGACAUCCGUGAGAGCACCAGCUUCAUCGAGGAGCACAUUGACCGGCAGGUGUCCCCCAUCGAGAGCCUGCGCCUCAUGUGCCUCCUGUCCAUCACAGAAAACGGUCUGGUCCCCAAGGACUACCGCUCCCUGAAAACACAGUACCUGCAGAGCUACGGGCCUGAGCACUUGCUGACCUUCCACAACCUCAAGCGCAUCGGGCUGCUGACGGAGCAGUCAGCUGGGGAGACCCUGACAGCAGUGGAGAGCAAAGUCAGCAAGCUGGUGACAGACCGUGCUGCAGGAAAGAUCACAGACGCAUUUAAUUCUUUGGCCAGGAAGAGUAAUUUCCGAGCCAUAAGCAAGAAGCUGGGGUUGAUCCCUCGGCUGGAUGGCGAGUAUGACCUCAAAAUGCCUCGGGACAUGGCGUAUGUUUUUGGCGGGGCCUAUGUACCCCUGAGCUGCAAGAUCAUCGAGCAGGUGCUGGAGCGCCGCGGCUGGCAGGGCCUGGAGGAGGUUGUGCGACUGCUCAAUGGCAACGAGUUUUGUGUCUCAGACAGCACCGUGGAGGACAACCCUGCCUGCGAGUCCCAGCGUGUUGUCCUCGCUGUCUUCCUGGGGGGCUGCACCUUCUCUGAAAUUGCAGCCCUCCGCUUCCUGGGGAAGGAGAGAGGUACGCGCGGCCUGGGCAGGGUGGGGAGCAGGCGGGAGCGGGGGGUCCCAGCGCUGCAGCCGGUGCAGUACAAGCCUGUGUCCCCUCACAGCUCCUAG